UGAAAGUAUGUCCAGAUAAUACAGAAAGAAAUUUGACGAGACCAAAAUGAGAAGUUAUCCUUACAUCCCCAGCAUGGUGCAAGCUAUCACUGUUCUCACGGUACUGAAGAUGAUGACCAAGGCCCAAACAUCAUGCGGCUCUGGAUCAAUGAAUGGAAAAGUAAUGUACGAAAGACUACCAAACAUCCAACUGCAAGGUUUUGAUGACGAUAUCGUGAGAGACAGUGCUCCACCGUUUAUGGUUUUGGAAAAAUGUCAAGAUUUGUGUUUGCGUGAUAGAUCUUCAAACAAUAUAGUCAGAGCUUGCUCUUCUUUCGAUUUUCAACCAGGAAGUCGAAUAGCCACGUACGGUGGAGGAACGGAUUACGAAGAAAGCACUUGCUAUCUCACAGCAGAAUCCGCAAGACCGGAGGGUAUCGGCAGCCUUAUGCUUGUGCCAAAUAGCGUUCAUUUCACUGAAGUUUGCAUUACAUCGAAUAGACCCGAAAGGGAAUGCCCAAACAGGAGAUACAUUUUUGAAAGACAUCCCCGCAAGAAACUGAAACUGCCCGCACCCGACAUAAAAGAAAUGACUGCAUCCAAUAGAACGGAGUGUGAAGAUAAAUGUCUCAAUGAAUUCAGCUUUGUUUGCCGGUCUGCCACUUUUGACUCUAACAUGCGGACUUGCACUUUGAGCAGGUUCACUCGAAGGACACAUCCGGAGCUUCUCGUUGACAAUCCUGAUUCUGAUUACUUGGAAAACACUUGUCUCAAUGCUGAAAGAAGGUGCGACGGUUUAGCAGUAUUCAUAAAAGAAGAAAACAAAAGACUAGGUGGUCCUUUCGAAGUGGACAUGUUCACUAACCUUACUUUAGAUGACUGCCAAGCAAUGUGCGUGCGAGCUGAAAAAUAUUUCUGUAGGUCCAUCGAAUAUGACGAGAUGACGAAACAGUGCACAUUGUCGGAGGAAGAUUCAAUAUCGCAAAAAGAUGACAUUGGCGUGGCGAGCAGCCCCAGUCACCAUUUUUAUGAUUUUGCUUGUCUGGAUAGUCUUGGUGGUGAAGGAGAAGGUUCAGGACAGAGACCUGAAGAUAAUAGCAGCCCCGGCUAUCGACCAGGAGAAGACAGAUAUCCAGGAGGUGAUCGAUACAGACCAGGAAGUAGAUAUCCACCAGGAAGUGGAGGUAGUACCGGCGAAAGAUAUCCUCCCAAAUAUCCUGAAAAAUUCCCUCCCAGCAGCGGCGGCUAUGACGAUAGACAUCCCCCUGGUGGUCGACCCCCAUUCGAUAGAUAUCCAGAAUAUGAUGACAGAUUUCCAGACAGAUAUCCAGAGAGAUAUCCAGAGAGAUAUCCUGAUAACAAAUUUCCUGACAGGGGAAACGGUAGAUUUCCAGUUGGUCCAGCGUAUCCACCGUCUUCUAGUGGUGGUGGGAAAUAUCCAAUUGGACCAGCCUAUCCCCCUUCAUCUAGUGGUGGCGGGAAAUAUCCCAUUCCACCGUCAUAUCCCCCAUCUUCUGGUAGCAAACCAAUCGGCAAACCCUACGACAGAUAUCCUUAUUAUCCGCCUUCAUCUAAUGCAAAACCGGAGAAGUAUCCGCCGGCAGAUAGAAAUAGCGAUCGAUACGGAAACAGAUUUGGAGAUAGAUACGGGAACCGAUAUGGGGAUAGGUAUGGGGAUAGGUAUGGGGAUAGAUAUGGAGAUAGGUACGGAGACAGGUUCGGUGGACGAUAUGGAGGAAACAAUGAUAGAUAUGGGGACAGAAAUGGUGAAAAAUAUGGAGGAUAUGGAGGGAGAUAUGGUGAUAGUGAUGAACUUUAUGGAAUUCGAUAUGGAAACAGAUAUGGAAACAGAUAUGGAGAUGGUUAUGGAGGAAGGUAUGGAGAUAGAUAUGGAGAUAGAUAUGGCGAUAAAUAUGGUGACAGAUACGGUGACAGAUAUGGUGAUAAAUAUAAUGGCAAUCGCUACGAUUACUAUGGUGAUGAUAAGAAUGGGGGAAGCAAAUGGUUCUUCAGACCCGAUCGAAGACCCUCUGGUCGUCCUGUUGACCCUAGACCUGAAAGACCACACAAUGAUCGACCACCAUAUAAUGACAGACCAUACGUUGACCGCCCAUACAAUGAUCGAGUUCCUGGAAGGAGGCCAGUAGGAGGUCCAUAUAGACCAAUAUCACCUGGACCCGAUGGACCAAUAUAUGAUAGUUUUGGCGGAAUAGGACCAAAUCGACCUUAUAGUUCAAGAUGUGAUGAAGGAGACAAUUUUAAACAAUUGGGAUUGCAUAUGAGAAUGCGCAAGGAAUUUGUUAAACGAACUCUUUACGCUCCGUCAUUGAGAGCAUGCGAAAAGGAAUGCGUAGAGUCAAGAGAUUUUAUAUGCAGAGCUUUCAAUUAUAGAGACCCUCAACCAGGAGGAUACGAGGGAGAAAGAGAAAAUUGUGAAUUAGCGGACAGAGACUCCAGGGACCUGGAAAUGAACAAUCCACAGUACUUUGAUAGUACCGGAAACUAUGAUUUUUACGAACGAUCUCUCAGUCGACAGGGUAUAGAUGGAGACUGCUUGGAUGUGAGCCAAAUUUGUAACGAAGAUGGAAUGGAAUUCACCCUACGAACUCCAGAAGGAUUUUAUGGAAGAAUUUACACCUACGGGUUCUAUGAUAGAUGUUUCUUCCGCGGAAAUGGUGGCACCAUAAAUGUCCUUCGCAUCAGCGGAGCUCAAGGAUAUCCCGAAUGUGGCACGCAAAGAUAUGCCGACACUAUGACUAAUAUUGUUGUAGUCCAGUUCAGCGAUUACGUUCAAACAGGAAAAGAUAAACGUUUCAAUCUCACUUGCCUAUUCCGAGGACCAGGAGAAGCUGUAGUAUCGUCAGGUUUCAUUGGCGCCGGUUCUGGCAGUCCGAUUCCCAUAGAGUACCUUCCUGCAGAGAACACAUUGAGUUCAAAGGUCCGUUUGAUGAUCCUCUAUCAAGGACGACCAACAACCACGAUAGCAGUAGGAGAUCCUCUUACUUUCAGACUGGAGGCGCAGGAUGGUUACAACUAUGCUACCGACAUAUUUGCUACAAACGUCGUUGCGAGAGAUCCGUAUUCUGGUAGAUCUGUUCAGCUCAUCGAUAGACAUGGAUGUCCUGUGGACAGUUUCGUUUUUCCGGAGCUGGACAAAGGAAGAAAUGGUGACAGCUUAGAGGCCAGAUUUAAUGCUUUUAAAAUACCGGAGUCCAACUUCCUUGUUUUCGAAGCAACUGUAAGAACUUGCAGAGAUGGAUGUCAACCAGCUUACUGUCCAAUGGGUCCUGGCCGUUCAGAACCAUCUUUCGGAAGGCGUAGAAGAGAUGUCAACGCCACUCCAGAAUUGGAACUGGAAUCGAAUGAUACGGUUACUGAUAUAGAAGACACUUCUCACGAUUCAAACGAAACAACGGUAUCGUUCUCUCCAGUAAAAUCUGAGGACACAACGAUCAAAGUGAUCAGCAGUGAAGGAUCUAGUGCGGAGAAGGAUGAAGAAGAGAAAGAAUUUGUCAGGGAAAUGAUAGAGGUGUUCGAUUCGAGAGAGGAACUACAACAAGAAGCCAGGCAUGCCGAAUAUUUGCCAGAAACGGUCUGCCUCAGUCCUGGCGAAUACCACGGCCUGGUAAGCGCUGUCAUGAUCCUCAUCGCCCUCCUCCUCACAGGCUCUCUGUUAGCCGGACUGGCCUAUCGCAAGUACUGGCUGGUCAUGAGAAAAAACUUGGUAGCGGAUCGGUCGAGUUCGCACCUGUCUACGUCGUACCCGAACACACGCAGUAGUGGGAUUUCCAGCAUCUCUACUUUCGGAGCGGGCCUUCAGAAACAGUUUGCAGGUUUCGGAAGGACUCCGAAUAUUGCGAGCUUUCCCAAAACCGACUUGGAUUGCCCGUUGUCGGCUCCUGGAGGACCAUUCGAGGAUCCCAGCGAACCGAUUUAUACGGAUCCAUCGCUAUUCGAAAGGUCUAGGAGUUUGAGGAGCAUAGCCGUAUCGCCGAAGAGAAGGAAAUCGGUCGCGCAUGAUUAGGUACUUCCUAAAUUUAGGCAAAGAUAGUUCAUUUCAAUUUUGGAUCGCCCCGUUGUUUACGUUGAAAGAGAUGAGAGAAGUGCCGAUAUUGGAAAUGAAAAUAUACUCAAUUUUUUCAGAAAAAAGUAUGACCUUUCUGGUUUAUUGUGUUACCUGAAGCGUGUGACUUAUCGAAUUAGAGGCAAAGAAGUGAAAUUAUUAAAAUAUAGUUUGUAGUUCAAAAAUGUAGCUUUUCCAUUAUUGAGUGAUAAUUUGACCUAUCCUGUUU